AUGGCUAGCAUCUUCGUUCGGAGGUUAUUUCUGGUCUCCACUCACCUUACAGCCCCGCGGUCGGGCUGUCUGCUUCUAGCCAAGCGAGCAGAGGAGACCGCCGCAGGGGCUAGACGUUUCUGCAAUGAUCCUCCGGAGAGAAUCAGCCGUUAUCCAGUUCCUUCUAAAAAAGACUUGCCAUAUGACAUAGUGGAACUUAUGCAGGAAGUCGAGACUAAGGGAGGAUUCCUACCCAAUGUUUUCAAAGUCCUUUCUCACAGACCUGGAGAGUUUCGAGCCUUCUUCUCCUAUUACAAUGAACUUAUGAACAAGGAGACAGGUGGACUAACCAAGGCAGAUCGUGAGCUGAUUGUGGUGGCCACCAGCAUGUAUAAUAAGUGUCUUUACUGUGUGGUUUCCCAUAGUGCACUUCACCGCAUCUACUCAAAGAACCCCACCCUCUCAGACCAGGUGGUCGUCAACUAUGAGAACGCAGCGCUGCAACCGCGAGAGCGCACUAUGUUGGACUUUGCAAUGGCCAUUUGCCGUGCAGACACCAUUACAGAAAAGCACUUUAAGUCUUUAGAGGACGUAGGCUUCGACAGCGAGGAUGCCUGGGACAUUGCUGCCAUUGCAGCCUUAUUUGCCAUGUCUAAUCGGCUCGCCCACCUUACUGACAUGCGACCAAACCAGGAGUUUUACAACAUGGGCCGCAUACCGCGGGACAAGAGCAAAGACGAAGCAGGCAAACAGAACAAGUGA